GAAGAGCGCGCGCGAUCGCGCCUGUGCUGUGCCUGUUUUGUUUUUUUAAUUUAUUUUUUUUAAAGUGUUGUGCCGCACGGAUACAAUGAGGUUGAUUUUAUGGGUCACAGCCCUAGCUGUGCUCAGCCUUACACAUGCGAAGAAUUCCACAGCGAAAACGAAGCCGAAACGACAACUGGAAAACAUAAGGACUCCACAGAACCUUCAGUACUCAUUAGUACUACCUCAUUCCAGAGUGACCCACUUCAGGUCACUCACAAGCAGCCGGAGAAUAGCUCAUGUCCCAAACAAUGGCGGAAAAUUGCCACCUUACGCAGUACAAAUGGAGCCCGUCGUCCAGUACUCACAGAAAGAUCCACUCUAUGACCCCAAUCUUGAUAACUUAGACGACGCUGGAGUAAACAAGAACGAAAUUUAUGCACAACCCAAAAUACUCAAUGUUCAUGAUAAUUCUGGCGAAGGAACAUAUGGGCCUCCUUACGGAUCACUUCCAACUGCUCCUUUGUACAGCCAAGAACCAAGUCACCCUCAUUACUAUGAAGCUCCUGAACCCAUUAUUGAAAUUAUUAUCAAAGAAUCUAAUGAAACCCUUCCUGCACCACCUCCGACACCUGCACCAAAAAAGAAGAAAGAACCCGUUCAUGUUUUCUAUGUAAAAUACAGUAAAGACCCUCACUCAAAAGACAAAGUUAUUUAUGAAAAACCUAUUCCUGCUAUUACUCCACCUACUAACCAUGAAGAUGACCAUCACCAUGAUGAUUACGUCACAGUUACACCUGAGCCUAUAUACGCACCAACCCAAACAACCACUUUGAGAGCUAUCAUCAAACCUGAGUCUGAAGUUUACCAUAGUGACAGUAGCGUUAAAAUAACUUUUGGAAACGAAGGUCGUCAUUACAGUGAUAGACAUGAUAGUAACGCCGAGGGUCACGAAGAAACAGCUCCAAGACCUGCUAUAGCUUUUCCAAAUCCGUCAUCUAGCCACCCCCCGCUACAACGAUCCGCUUCACCUAAGCCGCAACACCACGAGUCACCGACUAGACCAGUAGCAAAUCAUCCUAAGCAGCAAUCCUAUAAACCAGUGUCCCAGCAUGCCCAAAGCCGCAUCCAAUUUCAACCUCAACAGUAUAUACCAAAUGAACAACAACUUCCACGACAAGGACCGUCAAUUGCACCUUUCAAACUUCAACAACAAGUUAAUCGACAAAAUCCAUUCGGACCAUCAUCUUCUUUAAGCCCUCACCCUAACCCUCAUCCACCAUUCUCUAAUGCCUCUCCUGGACCUAUCGCUCAUUUUGGUAACAAUGCGCCAACGAUUGCAGGACCAGCCUUUUCCACAUCAUUCCCGAGACCAAAUAAUCCGCCUCCCACUUUCCUACAGCGCCCUAACUCUCCAUCCUUUGCUCCACGCCCACAUUUAAAUGGACCAUCAAGGCCCAGUUUUCAUACAGGACCUCAAAGACCGUUCUAUCAACCUCAAUCCAAACCAUUCUUUGACGAACCUAAGUACUUGCAAGAAAAUUAUCAUACAAUUACGACUGAUCAAGUAGACCCUCCCAAAGAACAAGUCGUGCCCAAUAGGCAACCACAAAACUUUAAUUUCCAUUCACGCCCGAGUCCUAGUCCACCUCCAUCCCAUUUCCAAGAACAGCAUUCACGUCCUCAGUUUAUUCCUCUAAACCAACAAUUACCUCAACAAAGACCGCCACAACAUUUUGUUGAUUCUCAGCAAUCUUUCCCCGUUAAUCCCAGCAGGCCUCCAUUUUUCAAUCUGAAACCAUCACCACCAAAAGUUGAAGAUAGUCGCCCUCAAUUCCAACAACAACAACAACAGCACCAAGCUCAUCCACAAUUCGGGUUUCAUCAAGGCCCUCAAAUAUUACCUCACCCAACUCCUCAACUUCCUCUUCAGCAUCAGCCCUCAUUCUCAAGUUCUCCGUCACCAUCCCCGAUUCCACAACACCAAUUCCUUCCACAACCAUCGUCUCCACCUUUAUUUAAUUACCAUGCUCAACCUUCUCCUACUCCAGCACACCAUCAAUUCCACCAACAAGUGUCACCAUCAGAAAGACCCCAGGCCCAUCAAACUAUUAGUCCAUCUGAAAGACCAUCCUUUGGCAAUCAACAAAGUAAUUUCCAAGAUCAAGCUAAUCUCCAACAUCAACAGAAUGUAGGGCAGUUUGUUCCACAAGGUGGUGAAUUCGUACCUUCUAUUUCCAAGUAUGAACAGCAUAUAACAGUAAAUGGUAAUGAGCCACCAAACUAUAGUGGUUUAAGCGGACCAACACAGCCAACGCCAACUGCGAGUCAACCUGUACAGCAAUAUCAUCAGCUACAACAAAAAGAACAACAACAAUUUUAUGAUUCUGAACAAGAGCAAGUAAGACAACAACUGGCAGAAAAUGUAAAGAAACAACAGGAAGAAAUACAUCGACUACAAACGCAAUUACUAAUAGCACAACAACAGCAGCAACAUCAGAACCAACAACAGCAACAGCAACUACAGCAGCAACGUCAACAACAACAGCAACAAAGUCAGUAUGAACAAAAUUAUCGUGAGGCACAAAACCAACAAUAUGCCCAACAAACCAUCCAAAUAACGUCACCUAAAUCGCAAUACGUGCAAGAAAGGUCAAGGCCACAGUCUAACUAUGUUACAAGUACACCGUCACCUGCUUACUAUCAAUCAACCUCUAGAACUGUGGAAAUCAAACCGACUACGCAGAAAUACUCUUCCUCUACUAUUAACUCUAUAAGUUCAACACCAGAACCACAAAAAGAAGAGAAAAAGAAAAAGAAGCCUCAAAUUGAACUACCUGAUGAAGUUCCUGACGAUUUGCGUCAACAGCUGCUUUCUUCGGGAAUCUUGGAUAAUGCGGAUAUUAGUGUUUUGGAUUACGACAAAGUAGGAGAAACUCCCUUGGAAUCACUGCCUCCUGAUCAGUUAGCCAACUUCUUCAGUGCAGGCGGUGGUCAACAAAUAGCUUCUACUGAACUUAAGCCUGUUGUUGUUACACCCAAUGGUGAUCAAAUUACGUCUCGAAUUGACGAAGAUAUCGAUGAUGACCAAGACAUCGCUGCUUCAGAGAAUGUUCCUACAUAUGUCGCUCCACCCCAGUCACAGAAACAAGCUGUGGAAAUGAAGGUUGUUCAUUUUGAUCCAAAAACAGCUGAGGGACAGAAUAUCGCUAAGGUUUACGUAAAAGAGGAUGCUACACAGGUCGAACCUGUCGCUCUAAAUGAUAAAAAGUAUAACAGAUAUUUACCAUUGAAAGUAAGCGGCAAUCAAUUUCCUUUACCAGAUAUUCUCAAAGGAAGAAAGAUUACAUCUGUAGUUGUUUUGGCUCCGGUAGAAACUGCAGAUUUAAGUAAAGAUCAUACAAGGUCAGAGAGGGCUACUAGUAACUCAUUAAAAGGAAUUAGAUUUGUAGCGGGGGAUAGCUUGCAAGACUUAUUGAAACGACCAACUACAGAAAAUUUCCAGAAGUGGCUGGAUGUUGAGAAAAAAACAGCAACAGAUCUUCAGUCUGUCAUUCUUCUAGUGACUGGGAAUGAAGAAGACACUGGCGACAGGGAAAUUUAUAUGUACGACAUCUCAUCAGGCAACAUCAAUAAGCUGAAUGGUGAACUUUCCACCGCGUUCGUAGAAGCAGCAGAAAACAAUUCACUAAGCAAAGAUAUUGAGAAACUAGCAAUAGAAGGGAAUGGUGUCCCUGAAAGGUUUGACAAGGACGAUGUAACCGCUGACGGUUCGGAAAAUGUGCCAUUUUUAGUAGAUUUAUCGGGGUUGAGUUUAGAUCAAGAUAGCAAUCAAGUAUCAAUAUCAUCUGGUUAUAGUAAAACAAAACAUGGCAGAUCAUUACGAAGACAAUGAUGGCGAUGACUCGCGUUCGAAAGUCGAACAUUGUAAAUAGUCUAGAUAUAGUAUUACUAAAUUAAA